AUGGAUAGAGCGAUCAACAGGCAGAGGGUUCUUCUCCAGCACCUCGCCCCUUCGUCGGAGUCGUCGCAGAUCGUAUCGGUAGCCUCCGCGGUCCUGGGAUCCUGGAUUUUCCUCCCUGUUUGGCUCUGUAGGCUUGCCAUAGACCCUUGGUUUCCGACGGAUUUGAGCCCUUAAGGGCACCGGUGAUGGAUUUCAUGCUCUGGAUUUGAGGUAGAUGAGAUCGGAUAGUGGCGGUCGUUGAUUUUUCUUGUUUAACUUUGGAUUUUUGGUUUUUUCUCUUUCGCGAAAGUUGCAAAUGAUGUCGUUGGAUGGAUCGGUUCGUCGCGAGGGAUGAUUUUAGCUUUAUCCCGUUUAUGUCCCUUCGGCCUUGUACUUGUUUUUCGAGGUUCAAAUUUCUGUUGAUGUUUUCAUUAUUUUCGUUGCCUGAUCUAAAAUUGGGAUUCGUUUGCCGGUUGUCGGUCUCAAAUUUCACGUAUCUCGUGAUGGUUUUGAUCUAGAUGGAAAAAAGUCUCUCGGGUUUUGAAGUUUGCUGCUCCUCGCUCAAAGAAACCGGGUCUUUCAUAUCUAGGAGUGGAAGUAUUAUUUUAGAGAUGCACAGCUCUGCUAAACUCAGAAGUUAUAAUCGCAAUCGUUUGAGAAACUAUUUACUUAGGUAUUAUGCCCUUUUUCAUGGUUAUGUAUUUAAGGGAGAAAGGGUAAUCGUUGCAAUACCGAAAAUAUUUCAUCUAAAACAGAUUUUCUGCUCCCACGUAAACUGUGUAACCUCUCUCUCUCUCUCUCUAUAUAUAUAUAUAUAUAUAUCAUUCAUCGCUCCCCUAAAUAAUGAAGCGGCGUAGUGCCACAACCGAAUUCAUCAUCACUUCUAAAAGAUGAAGAGCUCUUUUUUUGUGAGAGCAUUUAGUGACCCUCCAUAUUGUCAUCAGCUUCUUUUCUUCUGUAUUUAUUCUCUAAUUAACACCUAUAUGGCAUCCAAUUAAACAGUUUCAUCUUUUGCUGUUUAAAUUUUAUGCAUUUCGACAUGAUUCCUCACACUGAAAUUCAUUUUAUCGCCAGUCAUCCAUUUGUGCUGCGGGGGACAGUGCAGCAUAUGAGAGGAGUGCCUCUUUUGGGGAUGACGUUGUGAUUGUAGCGUAAGUAUCUUUUGUAUGCACAUUAUCCCUCCAAAACUGGAAUCGUACCUAUUAUGUUCACGUUUUUCUUGUCAUUUAUUAUGAAAAAAAUUAAUCUUAGUGUAAGAUUCAGUCGAAAAUCCAGUCGUCGAAGAUAAUUAAAGGUUUUUCAAAUCAGUGAGCAUUGCCCUUUUGUUAACCUAAGAACCACGAAGCUCGUUCCUGAAUUACCUUUGAUUUACCCAAUGAAACAAAACUGUCCAGUUUUAUUUAAGACAGAAGAAAUAACUAACAAAAAUAAAACUUUGGUUUACCCUUGAAAGUUUGGUGUUCCAAUUUCAUUAUUCCAUUGGCCAUUUAAUUUUCAUUUUUUUUUGUUGGAAUGUUCUCGAUGUAUCAUCCUUUGACUUUAACUGAAUGACAAGUUUCCAACUUGAAAAAAAUUGGCUCAAGUUAUUCUGAAAUUCCCCAUGUCUUAAAUAGAACUGGACAGUUUGGCUCCAGAAAAUUGCAAGUUUCCCGUUGUAUUAUCGUUUGCCUUAAAUUAAAUGAGAAAAGUGUGUUGUUCCCAUUUUUUUGAAUAUUUUGAUGAAAUUCCUUGAAUGUUCAAUAAAAGUUGACAUUGUCGUUCCAGAAAUUUGCUUUCCCUUUAUCUGUAGAAGUUAACUUCAGUAGCAACAUGGAGAGAGGACUUUGGGAAACUGGUUUAUUUGACUCAUUAUCACAUAAGCACAUGUUUCAUGGCUGACCAUAAAAUGGAGUGUAAAUUUCAUAUCUUGAGAAUACUCGUUGUACAUAUUCCAAUUCCUACAUGGAAAGAUAACAGAAGCCCCCUACCACCAACAUAUUAGGGAAAAAGAAAGAGAAUCAGGUAAUUGGCAUACUUAUGAAGUACCGAUAAUUUGGGAAAAGGGAUGGAAAAGGGAUAAGUGUGAGGAAGAACGCAUGCCCAUAUGUGGUGAUUUUUGAUAGUGGUUGGAAUGUUGGAUCUCAAGUUACAGCUUUUGGUUGCCUUUUCUACUCUAUACUUCGUUUUUUUCUUGUUGGAGGAAGUGGGAUGCCAUAGCCAUUUAAAACGUGCUGAUCAUUUGUAUCUCUAUGGGUUUCUCUUCGUCAUUAAGCAGAAAGUUUUAGCUCCCCAAUCAUUUCACUUCUUCAUUCUAAAUGUCUAAACAUCUGUUCAGUUUGCACUGAACCCCUUUUUUGGGUUUCUUUCUAACUCUUCUCUUGUGCCAACAGUGCAUAUCGGACCCCACUUUGCAAAUCAAAGCGUGGUGGCUUCAAGGAUACACUUCCUGAUGAUUUGUUGGCGACUGUUCUCAAGGUUUCUUUUAAACCUCACGUGAUCACAUUGUUAGGCUACUUUUAGCCCAUGCUAAUGCAGGUUUUCUUGAGUAAUUCUAAUUCUCUAUUCAUUUAUUAACUCUAAAUCUAGGCCGUACUGGACACAUCUAAAAUCGACCCAAGUGAAGUCGGCGAUAUCGUUGUUGGUACGGUCUUAGCUCGAGGUUCACAAAGAGCUAGUGAAUGCAGGAUGGCAGCUUUCUAUGCGGGCUUUCCUGGUACUUACAAUUUUCCUCAGCUCAAGAACUUUUGUCAUUGAAAUGUAAUUUAGACUGGCUUCUUUACCUUCUUAUUCUAGACACUUCCAGAGGCCUAGGGAAAUCCCCAGUGUGAAUCCCUAACUUCAUGAAUUGGACUACAGCCCAAGAAGAGGCUCCCACCCAGAAACCUGUCCUUUUUUCUUUUUUUUUUUCGGUGCAUUAUGCGGUGCUUGUAAUCGAUAGACUUUGCCAAAUUAUCUUGGAUCCUUCAUUAGACUUAGCUAAGGUUAAUUAUAGUGAUAUUCAUCAUGCAGAAACUGUGCCUCUCAGAACAGUGAACCGCCAAUGCUCCUCUGGCCUUCAAGCAGUGGCUGAUGUUGUUGCAGCAAUAAGAGCCGGGUUUUACGACAUCGGUAAGCCUUUCAAGUCAUCUAAUCAUCCCAAUCUUGUGCGUCGAUCACUCUAAUAUUGGCAAUGGGCGCUGACUUAAUUACUGUUAGUAAUCUUUUUCUUGAUGAUUUUCUCCAGGAAUUGGCGCUGGCUUGGAGUCAAUGACAGCUGAUCCAAUGGCUUGGGACGGAUCCAUCAAUCCCAAGGUGGUAACCACAGUUUUAUGGUAAAACAAACUUGGUGUCUUCUUCAACCCGUGGAAACAUUUGUCUCAUACUUCACGUCUCUUCAGACUCACAUAUUCUCCCAAGCCCAAGACUGCCUUCUCCCGAUGGGCAUUACCUCCGAAAACGUGGCUCAUCGCUUCGGCGUCUCCCGCGAAGAGCAGGACCAGGCUGCCGUAAGCGCCAGCUGCCAAGACUCCCCGGAACUCCAUAAUUUUUCUGUUUUGGGUAGUAAUCCCUCUCGGGCAACUGCCCCUUGAUGACAUGUGCAGGUUGAAUCUCACCGGAAGGCGGCCGCCGCAACAGCGGCUGGUAGAUUCAAGGAUGAGAUCAUUCCCGUGAAGACAAAGGUAGAUAAUUUGAUUGAAACCCAUCUGUUAUUCGUCAAUGCUUUCUGAUACAUCCGGUUUUAGAUCGUUGACCCCAAAACUGGGGAGGAGAAGGAAGUGACGAUCUCCGUUGACGAUGGGAUUAGGCCCGGUACCUCCCUGUCGGGCCUGGCAAAGCUCAAGCCGGCUUUCAAGAAGGACGGGACCACCACCGCCGGUACCAUCGCCGGUUCCCUUUUCCUUGGUUUGGACUUGCUUUGACUCGGGCGUUGUUUGACGUUCUCUGUUUCUAUUUUUGGCAGGGAAUUCUAGCCAGGUGACAGAUGGCGCUGGAGCAGUCCUCCUGAUGAAGAGAUCCGUGGCUGUGAAGAAGGGGCUUCCCAUUCUCGGCGUCUUCAGGUUCUCUUCUCUUCUCUCUCUCUCUCUCUCUCUCUCUCUCCCCCAUUGUGGACCUGACCCGGUGGGUUGACUUUCGGUCUGAUGAUCGUCUCUUCACCGUCGAGAAAAUAACCGUGUGAGUCACACAGGAGCUUUGCGGCCGUCGGAGUGGAUCCGGCCGUCAUGGGCGUGGGGCCCGCCGUGGCGAUUCCCGCCGCAGUGAAAUCUGCGGGCCUCCAGCUCGACGACAUCGAUCUCUUCGAGAUAAACGAGGUAAUUUCCCGUCAUCCCCCAUCUAUUUCACUCCCUCCUCCUCGUAGGCAUUCAGCUCGACCUGCCUUCUAUUGCUUCCGUCCAGGCGUUCGCCUCCCAAUUCGUCUACUGCGCCAAGAAGCUCGAGCUGGAUCCGUCCAAAAUAAAUGUCAACGGUGGGGCCAUUGCCCUUGGUCAUCCACUCGGCGCGACUGGUAUCUCUCUCUCUCUCUCUCUCUCUCUCUCUCGUUGGUGAUUAGCAAGGCCCGGACCGGCCCUAGCACCCUCAAUGGGCACUGCUGAUAUUUGAUUUAUUUUUCCUAAAAAUAAUUAUAAUCCGUCUAAUUUAUUCAGGGGCCCGUUGUGUGGCGACGCUGUUGCAUGAAAUGAAGCGCAGGGGCAGAGACUGCCGCUUUGGUGUCGUCUCCAUGUGCAUAGGUCCCUCUCUCUCUCUCUCUCGCUCUCGCUCUCGCUAUAUACAUACAUAUAUAUAUAUAUUAUUUUUAAUUUAUUAGUUCGUUAGUUAUUUAAUUAAUUAAUGGGGAUGAAUGACAGGCACGGGAAUGGGUGCGGCGGCUGUCUUCGAGAGGGGGGACGCGGUGGACCAGCUCACGAACGUCAAGGGAUUUUAA